UUUUUAAACCAAGCAAAAUGAUAAGUUCUGCCUCUAAAUCUAUCCCUUCUAAGAUUAAGCUAAGCUAUUUCCCAUUCCAUGGAAGGGUAGAGCCUAUCAGAAUGCUACUCUUGCAUAAAGGAGUUGAGUUUGAGGAUGACCACGUUGACCUAAUGGGAUGGAUCGGAGGAAGCGAAUUAAAACAAGAAGCAGAGUACGGACAGCUGCCUAUACUUGAGUACGGCGAAAAGAAAUAUGUCCAAUCAGUUGCGAUUAUGAGGUUCCUGGCAAGACAGUUUGGAUACUAUCCUCUUGAUGACUUUGAAAAACAAUAUGAGGUCGAUAAUGUGAUGGACUCUUUCAGUGACUAUAACUUUGGAUUAAUCAAAGCUUAUACUGCUACUGAAGUCAAAGCUAAGAAUGAAGGUCUAAAGAGCUUUUUCAGCACUCAUAGUAUGACCUUCUUCAAAUCUUGGGAUACAAGGAUCAAAGAGAAUGGUACUGGAUACGCAGUUGGGGAUAGCUGGACUGCAGCUGAUUUUUCGAUCCUGGCUAUUACUCAUACCAUGUACACUCAUAGUCAUUGGAAUCAUAUGUACGAUAAUCUGCUAGACUCGUACACAACUCUCAAGGAUUACACUGAGACCAGAAUAGCUGAUUUUGGAGACAAACUCAGUUCGAGACCAGAGAUCCCUGUCAACUUUAUCUUCCAGAAGAAGGUAGAGUACUUCCCAGAGGAAGACAAACAGGAAUAGGAUAUAUAGAUUCCUCAUUAGACCUAUCGUUCAAUCGUC